AUGCCCGUCACAUCGCUUUCAGAUCGAAAGAUGACGGUCAACUACGCUAUCGACUUACUUAGAGCCCAUCAAAUCCGUCGAGAAAAUGUGUUCCUACAUGAGCAGCUCCAGACGUGUGUCACAGAGGUUACAAUGUUGCGUGAAGAGAUACGAGAUUCGACCCAACGGCAGACUGCCAUCGAAAACAAGGUCAAAUCCAUCAAGGUGCCCAUUGACGACCACGCUACAAAAGCCUCUGCCAUUCUCGAGAAGCAGGAAACUCGGCUCAAUGACCAGGCUCGUGAGAUACGGGCAGUGCGACAGUCGUGCAGAGCGUUGCAAACCGAGACUUCAAAUAUCAAGGCGUCGUAUCACGACGCACAAACGGCCCAGCAGACACAAAUAGCAAUUGUCGAGAAGCAAACGGUAACCCUCGAGAAUCUGCAAAGAGCUCUUGAUGACAAGGCAGAUACCGCACUCGUCAAAGUUUUGGAAAGUCGCGUGAACAGAGUCUGGAGUGAUCAAAAUGCUGGCAUUGUUGUAACAGACUCGGUCAGCCACGUUUCAGAGACUGCAGAGCGUAUGAGCCCUGUUUAUGAGCUAGGUACAUGUCGCUCACAAGAAACUGCUGACCUCUUCGCAGAUGAAUCGGUUCAGGUUCGGGAUUCCCUCCCUGACCGUUCUGAACCUCAGCAGGCUCGAGAGAUGACACUCCCAAACGAUCUCGACCUCGACGCUAAUGCUCACACGAUCAGCUAUGCUGGUUAUGAGUGCCGCGCAGCGGAGCCGUCCCUCAGAAUGUUGUCACCACUCCCCAUAGAGGCGUCGCGGCUCGCCGAGAUCAAGACCCUCCGGCAGAGAAGAUUUGACGGCUGGGACCAUUACUACAACCAAGGUCAGGAACUCGUCCAAGCCCUGCCGCAGGACUUUGAAGAGACAAUCAUACACCAUUUUGUGGAGGGACUCUAUCAGAACACCCAUAGAAAACAGUGUCAGCAGUGGCUCGACUCGAGUGGAUGGACUUGGGCCAACGUUACCGCCUUUGGAAAUCUAUGCUCACAACUUCUUGCCAACGACACAUCGGUGGAAACUUCGCGUCCGAGACAGACAGACGCAGGGCUUGCUGCAGUCGGUAAGUCAGGACAGCGUGUCGAUGGCGUCGGCAAGGAGGCGAGAAACGGCAAAGUACCACGAGACACUGUUGAUGCACCGCUGCGGCGAAGCCAACGCGUGGCCGAGAAACAAAACCUCCAAACGCAGACGGAAAAACGGCACGAAGUCGAAUCGAACAGAGGUCCGCCGGCUCACAGGACAAGACAGGACAUCACUCAGGGAUCGAGGCUCAAGACCAAUCCUGGCAAGGUUCCCGAUGAGGCGCAGAGACAACAGCAGGCUGUCGACGCCACGGAACCGCGAGCGCCACCUCGGAAAUCUGCAAAGGUGACUGCAAACCUCCAGGAGACAGGCCCCGCAAAAACCACGACCGUCUCAGCAAAGCGUCGUGAAAGCCACAAGAGGAGAGCCGUCGUCAACGAAAUUGAUCACCCAGCAAAGCGACCGAAGCCUCGCCCGACAGCGCCUCCAAAUCAUCACAUCUCCCCCAAACUUGUGUCAUUUCGCGAACAAAAUGCAGAUUCAAUGGAAGAAAGCAGCAAUGACGAGGGGUUUCUGCACAAUGACCCCAAGCCUUCAGUUCCCACGAGAGUACGUCAACGGGCAGGGCACAGAAAGAGAGGGCUACCUCUGCCACCGCCACCAGAGAUCCCUAUUCUACCUACCACAGACGAAGAGUAG